CCCCAUUAGGCCAGCUGCCUCCACUUCCCUUCUCAAGGCCGUCGCCCACUGGAUUUCAGGGAUACGAGAGGGCUCUCCAUGGAUCUGCCUUAUUACCACGGGCCUCUGUCCAAGAGAGACUGUGAGACCUUGCUGCUCAAGGAAGGGGUGGAUGGCAACUUUCUGUUAAGAGACAGUGAGUCUCUUCCAGGAGUCCUGUGCCUCUGUGUCUCGUUUAAAAAUUUCGUCUACACAUACCGAAUCUUCAAAGAGACAUAUGGGUAUUACAAUAUACAGACUGUGGAAGGUGCUCGAAAACAGAUCUUUCCAAACCUAAAGGAAUUGAUCUCCAAAUUUGAAAAACCAAAUCAAGGGCUAGUGGUUCACCUUUCAAAGCCAAUAAAGAGAACCAGCCCCUGCCUGAGAUGGAGAAGAUCAAAGAUAAAGUUGGAAGAUAAUUAUGGGAACAGUGACUAUGUGGAUGUCUUGCCUUGAAGAUAAGAAUUCUGGACAAAGCAAUUAGGGACGGGUGACAGCUCUCACUGGCGACCCUGCUUCUCCUGCAAGUGUAGGUCUGGAAGGCUGACCUUCAGGGGACAAUCCAGACUCUCCUGGUCUGGGAGAGUGAAGAUGUUCUGUCCACCAGCCUCAGAGAAAUCACUCCCCAUGUCCCUGCCUCCUAUGCAUACAUCACGAGGAGCUUCGAAACGUCUUUUCCCCUCUCACUCUUCUUUCUUGGGAUAGGACAGCCUGAACUUAUUUCCUUGACUUGUUAAAGGUACUACCUCUACAUCAUGGUUGACAUCCUCCUUCUGACCAGGCAGUCAGAGGGACAGCUUCAUACAGAAGAGAUCACACUUAGCCAUGACUUAGGAGCCUGUGUUCCAGUCCUGUGGCCAUCUUUGGACAAACCUCUUUCUCUCUCUAGGUCUCCAUUUCUUCAUCUAUAAAACAAGUGGCUGAGUGUGAUACACACAGCCCCAGCCUCUCUGCUAAGCCUGGUUGUGUCUGGUGGAGUUGAGGAGUCCUGGAGUGAUGGAGAUGUAUACAGCAUCAGCAAGGGAUCAGGGUCCGAGCCUCCCAAAACAGCCAAUACAUUCUCUGCACCUGUCUAUACUGGUCUUGGUAAAGGUGGGGGCCCUGACCCACUCGUGUGCCCUUCUCCCUCCAGCCUGGGAUACUCACCUUCCAGCUCUUUCUCCUUCUUUCUAAUCUUGAUUUUCCUGCCCAACAUUUCUCUGAACACACCUUGUCCUUGAUUUUGCCUAAUGUCAUUUGUGCACCAACCACUUCAGCAGCAUGGAUGUGGUUCUGUACAGUGAUAUAUGUGGAGAUUUUAAAGAUAUUCUCCUAUGUGUGCUUCUUGUUACCAACUAGGUUUUAAGUGCUACCAAAGUAUGGUUGAGUCUCCCUUGUAUCCUCCACAGGGUGUAGAAACGUGUGCUAUACAGAGCUAUGUCCAGUUCAUAGAAGUUACUGACUGGAAGCAGACUCCUGAAGGGUUUGUUGAAUUGGUUCUAAGGCCCUUUGAAUUUUUCAGCUAGCUCAGAAUUUUAAUAAAGAUGUGUUUAGUGUGGAAUGUACAAAAUUCAAUGCCCAUUCUCUUACCCAUCUUCAAACUAUAGUGAUUCAUUUCACCUCACUGGCCUUAUCUUUCAAAUUUAUUAAAGAGAGGAACUCUAGACUUCCAGACAACAUGAACAGACAUUGUGGCUGGAAUCCCAAAGUGUGCGCCAUCCUGAAGUCAUGGGUCACAGAAUUACAUAGCUACUACCAAGUAGAGAAGUAAUGAAAUGCAGCCAUAUUCAGAGAGCUGGGGGAGCCAAAUCCUGUUUGCUGCUUCAGCAAAGGACUCCAGAAGCAGGCCUGCUCCCCAGGGUUUGGUCCUAGGUCUUUGAUUCUCUAUGGUACAAAAAAGCAUGUUCCAGUUUCCAGAGCCUACUGCAGUCCUUGGCACAGAACAUAUAUUCAGUGAAUAUUUCUUGAAUAAAAGGCUGAUAAAUCAAUAUAUAAAAUAUGGUCACUCAUUGUGGAUGGCAGAGAUUUAUACAUUUCAAAAUCCAUAGAACCAGACUAUUAGUUCAAGAUCUUUCAAUUAUAACUCUCACAGAAGUCAUUUCCUUUUUUCUGAGCACCCAUGCAUAGCACCUUGCAUGAUGCUUGGUCCCCAGUGGGAUUUCAGUACAUUUCUCAAAUAAGCCAGCCAUAUUUAAUAGCUGAUGUUGAGGUCAAGCUAUAAAUCCCUGAAAUUUUUUGGAAGACUUUGAACCGGUCAUGUGAAGAACAGCUGAAAGAUCUGGGUAUAUGGGCCUGGAAGAGGGAAGACAAUCAAUUACAACAGCUAUUCCAAGUGUUUGAAAUGCUGUUCUGUGAAAGAGGGUGAAGACUCACCAGGUGCAAUGCCAGACAGUAGAACUCAGACCAAUGGUUGGUGUUUAUAGGAGGGCAGUUUUAGCCCAAUACAAGAAGAAUUCUGAACCCGCUAGAGCUAUCCUACGCUCUAACAGUCUGCCCUCUUGUAGUUCAAGUGGAGGGUGAUACUUUCCAAGAAUGUGGGAGAAAUGAUUCCUGUCCCAAGAAGAAAUUAGACUGCCUGACUGCUAAGAUACCUUCCAAUUCAAGGAUCACUGGAUUCUAUUCUCAUCUCUUAACAGUGAGAAAAAUCUCUUUCUCUUUCUCUUUUUGACUUAGGCAUGGAGAGUGGAGUUAAUUACAUUCCUUAGUUCUUAACUCACUAUCACCAUAAAUCCACACGGGACUUUUCUUUUCGUUUUAUUUCAUUUUUCUCCCCUUCAUCCCUAAUUCAAUGGAAUUCCAAUGGAACCAGUUCUAUACCAUUUGAUAUAUGCACUUGGUAUGUAUGCGCCCUUAUAGAAUAUACAGUCUUGGUUGUGAAUAUAUAUCUUUUACAUUUACAUACAUGAUGUGGUGCUAUUGCUCCAGUUCUGUUGUUACUUUUUUCACUCAAUGUCAUGUUGGGUUCUGUUCUAUAUUGUUGAGUGUACAUCUAAUUCAGUGCCUCUGUCUGAUGGAUGGUAUUCCAUAGUGUUCAUCCACCACAUUUUGCUUAUCCAUUCCUCUAGGGAUAGACAGCUAAGUUGGUUCCAAAACUGCUACCAGGAACAACACCAUGAUGGGCAACCUUGUGCAAGUCUCUUUAUGGAAGUGUGAGAGUUCCUCUGGGCUAUAUGCGUGGGCCGUAAAGUAUACUCAUUUAAUUAUGUUGUAAUCAAACCCAUCAAGUGCUUUUUUGAUUCUUAUUUUAUAAGCCCUUCCCUACUCCAAGAUCACGAAAAAAAUCAUCUUACAUUUUCUUCUACUAACUUUAUACUUUUACCCUCUACAGUUAGAGUUUUAAUGAUGGCAAGGACUUUUGCCUUUUUCGCUGACAUAUCCCCAGUGUCUAGAAAAGUCCUUCACACAUACUAGAUGCUCAACAAAUAUUUGUUGAAUAAAUGAUAAAUCUGAGUAUAUGGUUAGAACAUAUGAUCUGUGUAUAUGGUAAGAAUCCAACUUUGUAUUGCUCCAUAUAUAUUAAUUUUCCCAUUUCAACCUGCUUAAUAAUUCAUUUUACCCCCUCUGAUUUAUGGUUCUUCCUUUAUAAUGUAUCACAAUGGUUCUAAUACCCUGGCUUUGUAAUGUCUUAUUGUCUGGUAGGAUAAGGCUGAUUUAGCAUCUCUUAUUUUUCAAGUCUGAUUUAGCUAUUUGUGGACCUUGAUUCCUCCAUACACAUUUUAGAAUAAAUAUGUUAAGUUGCUCAAAAUAUCUUGCUGGAAUUUUGAAUGAAAUUGCAAUGAAUUUGUGGAGUAAUUAGAGGAGACUUGACAUGCCUGUGAUGUUUUCCCAUGCAUACA